CAGUGUUCUGUCAAGCAUCAGUUGGGAACAUGGCGUCGCACGGUGAAGACGAGUUCUUCACCGACGGAAACAAGAUUUACUAUGAUUUAGAAACGUUGGAACGGUCCUUGGCCAAGAAUGCAGAGGAGCACUAUGAGGAGGAUGAGGAAUUUGAGCUGGACGAGGAAGAUGGAGCUGCGGAAUACAAUGCCCCGCCAGAGCGAGAGUGGUACCAUGGUCGGCUAGACAGAAAGACAGCCGAGGAGAGGCUGAGACGAUAUGGUCACCCCGGCUCAUAUCUUGUGCGAGAGAGCGAUCGACAGCCCGGGACAUAUUCCUUGUCAUUUCUUGGUGUAACUGGAAUCAGUCAUUUCCGAAUCACAACCUUUGCUGGCCAGUAUUACAUUGGCGGAAGGCAAUUCUACUCGCUGAAGGAGCUCAUCGGCUACUACGCGAGUAGGUCUCGCCUUCUCGAAAAUGAAGUCCUACAGUAUCCCUUGGCUCCGCAAGAGGAAGUUGCGCGCCGACGUAGAGUCAUUGCUCUUUACUCAUGCCAGACGCAGCAAUCCGAGAGUUUAGAUGGCGAGAUACCGUUCAACAUGGGUGACGUGUUCACCGUCGACGAUGUCUUCAAUGACGAGUACAUCUGGUGUACGUCGGUGAAUGACGCUUCCAAAGGAGGCCUCGUGCCGCUCGCCCUCGUCCAAGAUGCGUUGUCCGUUCUUUGUGUUUGCAAGAUUAGCGCUCCCGUAACGUGGCUUUGA